AUGGCAGGCGGUGAGCUUACGGGCAACAGCACCGGAGCCCCUCCGCAAGCUGGUGUCCUCGAGGGCGUCAACCCGAUUGUGUAUACGCCUUCCAACCCCAUCACUCUUUUCAUCGUACAGGCCAUCAUUGUCAUCAUCUUCUGUCAAUUACUAGCUUAUCCGCUACGAUGGCUUCACCAACCUCGUGUUAUCGCCGAGGUUCUCGGCGGCAUUCUGUUGGGCCCCACGGUGAUGAUGAGGAUACCCGGGUUUGAGGCCGCAAUCUUCCCGCCUGCGUCUAUGCCAGUCUUCAACAAUGUCGCCAACCUCGGUCUCAUCAUUUUCUUGUUUCUCGUUGCGUUGGAAGUAGACAUCCGUCUCUUCACGCAAAAUUGGAAGGCCGCCCUAAGUGUAGGCAUGGCCGGCAUGAUCUUGCCCUUUGGCCUUGGCUUUGCCAUUGCCUGGGGUCUGUACAAGGAGUUUCACGUCGACGAAGCUAUUGGCUUUGGCGUCUUCGGAUUGUUCAUCGGUACAGCCCUUGCGAUCACUGCCUUCCCCGUCCUCUGCCGCAUUCUCUCCGAGCUGAACCUCCUCCGCUCGGGUGUCGGUGUCACCGUUCUGGCUGCCGGCAUUGGAAAUGACGUGACAGGCUGGGUGCUUCUCGCGCUCUGCGUCGCCUUGACCAACAACAGCAGUGGCUUGGCCGCGCUCUGGGCCUUGCUCUGCUGCAUUGGCUGGACUCUGUUCCUCAUCUUCGCCAUCCGGCCACCCUUCAUUUGGAUCCUCAAGCGGACCGGAAGCUUGCAUAAUGGCCCUACCCAGGGAAUGGUUGCGCUGACCUUGCUCAUGGUUCUGGCCUCCUCUUGGUUUACUGGUGGGUUGGUAUCAUAUCCCAAGGAUCCCAUACAUACGCUAACUGGACCAGGAAUCAUUGGUGUUCAUCCCAUUUUUGGAGCCUUCCUGGUGGGACUGAUCUGUCCCCACGAUGGCGGUUUCGCUAUCAAGCUUACUGAGAAGAUUGAGGAUCUUAUCUCGGUCCUCUUUCUGCCUUUGUACUUUGCCCUGUCUGGGCUGAAGACCAACCUAGGUCUUCUCAACGAUGGUAUCACAUGGGGUUACUGCAUCGGGGUCAUUGCCUGCGCCUUUGCUGGUAAGAUCAUUGGUGGCACCCUCGCAGCUCGCGCCAACAAGCUGCUCUGGCGUGAGAGUUUCACUAUUGGCGCCCUGAUGUCUUGCAAGGGUCUGGUCGAAUUGAUCGUGCUUGCAGGUAUCCUGUCCGAAACCACCUUCAGCAUGUUCGUUGUUAUGGCUUUGGUCACAACCGUAGCCACGACCCCCAUGACAAAGCUGCUGUAUCCCAAGUGGUACCAAACCAAGGUUGAGCGAUGGAGAAAGGGUGAGAUCGACUGGGACGGCAACGAGUUGAACCCCUCUGAGAGCCUGCAGGGCGGUCUCAAAAAGGGCGUCGACUCUCAGAUCCGCCGUCUCAUGGUUCAUCUCCGUCUCGACAGUCUCCCCAGCCUCUUCACCUUCAUCACCAUCCUCAGCCCCGAAAGCGUCACCAAGAAGCAGGUCGAGCCCGAAACCCCUGAUGCCGAGUCCACCGAGGUCAUCAUCAAGAAACGCCCCCUGGAAGUCCACGGUAUGCGCAUUCUCGAGCUCACCGACCGUACCUCAUCCGUCAUGCACCUCACCGAAGGCGAAGACUUUUACUCUCUCCGCGACCCCGUGGUCAACGCCUUCCGCACCUUCUCCCAGCUCCACGACGUCGCCGUCUCGGGCCGCGUCGCCGUCGUCCCCGCCGACUCCUACGCCGAAACCCUCAUGACCCAAGCCCACGAAGUCUCCUCCGACUUCGCCCUGAUCCCAUGGGGCGAAAGCGGCUCCAUGUCCGAAGACCAGUCCUUCCCCGUCACAGCCGACACCAACGAGCGCUUCAAAUCCUUCACCCAUCUCGACUUCAUCAGCCAGACCCUCGAGAAAGCCUCCGCCAUCUGCAACGCAGGCAUCUUCAUCGACAACGGCUUCGGCGGCAUCACCAAGCCCGUCGACCGCCCCGAGCUCCAACGCACCAAAUCCGCCAUCUCCAUCCGCAACCAAGCCGACGUCGCCGUCCUCCCCGUCGCCAACAAGUCCCACCACGUCUUCUUCCCCUUCUUCGGCGGCGCCGACGACCGCGUCGCGCUGCGCAUCGUUCUUCAACUAGCCAAGAACCCCCACGUCUCGGCCACCAUCGUCCGGAUCAACAGCAGCGAAAAAGAAAAACUGUCCUCCACUGCCAAAUCCGCUGCUGCGUCGACCACCACGACGGAAGACAACAGCGAGACCAACAAGACUGCUGUCUCUUCUUCUCCCGUCUCUGGAACUGACGUUGAGGAUGGUGCGCUUUACGCCACGCUCAAGAGCUCUCUCCCGGAAGACCUCGCUACUAGAGUGAAUUUCUCUGAGGCGGAUGUCCCCGCUGGGAAGGAGGAACUCAAGGAGAUUAUCCUGCUUGCUCAACAAGCGGUGGGCAACACGAGGGACAAUGCCGGUGAUGUUGUCGUUUUGGGCCGACGCAAUGCCAAGAAGGGGUUUGCUGAGGUCGGUGGGAGCAGCAGUAGCGCUGCUGGUGGCGGGGUGCCGGACCUGAAGACUACCGUUGGGGAGGUAGCGGAGAGGUUGAUCACCACGGGGAUCAGGGCUAGUUUGUUGGUUAUUCAGGCUGGGGGGCGAGGGCAGGCUUGA